AUGCUGAGCCGCCAAAUCUUCGGUGCCCCCGUGCGAUGCAUGUCCAAGGCCAGUCACGCCGCCGCUUCUCCUGGAGCGUUGACGCCGGGCCAGGUAUUCGAUCGGGAGGACAAGUACGGUUGCCACAACUACAAGCCGAUCCCGGUGGCGCUUGCGCGUGGCAAAGGAGUUCACGUCUGGGAUGUCGAAGGCCGACAAUAUUUCGACUUCCUCUCCGCCUACUCGGCCGUCAACCAGGGCCAUUGCCAUCCCAAGCUCGUCGAGGUGAUGCGCAAGCAAUCGGAAAUCCUGACGCUUACCUCGCGCGCGUUCUAUAACGAUGCGCUCGGCGAGUAUGAGGAAUACAUCACGAAGCUCUUCAAGUACGACAAGGUGCUGCCGAUGAAUUCAGGAGUCGAGGCGUGCGAUUCGGCUGUGAAGCUGGCCCGGCGCUGGGCCUACGAUGUGAAGGGAGUGCCGAAUAAUAAAGCCAAGAAAGCUGUCUCUGACCCGAAUUGUGCUGCCUUUAUGGUCGAGCCGAUCCAGGGAGAGGCCGGCGUUGUGAUUCCUAAUGCUGGUUACUUGAAGAAAGCCGCCGAGGUCUGCAAGAAGCACAACGUGCUGUUCAUCACCGAUGAGGUCCAGACGGGACUUGGCCGAACCGGAAAGAUGAUGGCCCACUACCAUGACGGGGUCCGCCCCGAUAUUGUCAUUCUCGGCAAGGCACUGUCGGGUGGAAUGUACCCGGUAUCUGCCGUGUUGUGCGACGACUCGAUCAUGCUGAACAUCAAGCCCGGGCAGCACGGCUCGACAUAUGGUGGAAAUCCGUUGGCCGCGAAGCUCGGGAAGGCUGCCUUGGAGGUACUGAUCGAGGAGCGCCUUUGCGAGAACUCGGAGGCAAUGGGUGCGCUCCUUCUGGAGCGGCUGAAGAAUCUCCCCAGCCACGUGGUCACUGGGGCACGCGGCAAAGGCCUCCUCUGUGCCAUCAUCAUUGACAAGAAAUACGAUGCUUGGGAUGUGUGUCUGCGCCUCAAAGACAACGGACUCUUGGCCAAGAAUACACACGGUGACAUCAUCCGCUUCGCCCCUCCGCUCGUCAUCAACAAGGCCCAGGUCGAUGAAGCCGCCUCCAUCAUCGAGAAGACGAUCAACCAAUUGGCCAAG